ACAUGAUAUUUAUCAUUUUUCUUUGCACAUCAGGAUGUUUUACUGUAAAUGCAAAAAUAAUGAAGCUGGGUGAUGUUGUUCAAGAAAAUACUGAACCCACUUCUGUUGAACGUUCAAAUAUAAACUGUAUGGACAACGGGCCACUUGUGUUUCGAGGCGGCGAUCCAACGUCUUUUUUCGGUUCAUUAUGUCUCCCUCCACCAGGAAAAGUAAAACAAUGUGCCAUUUUCGACGCUGGUGCAUUUGAAGCGUUUGUUUGCCCACAGAAAAGCUAUUUCAAUGGGAUCAACUCUGACGCGGGACAGAGAAGGGUUAUUUGCUGUUCUGUGUUUGGAAUUUCCUACACUGACAAUGAAUGUAAAAUAUGGUUCCGAACGACAGAAAACUUUGUAUCACCAUUUGGUCCAGGAUAUUUAGUUACAGGAAGAAUGCCAGUUUCAGACGGAAUGGGAGGUAUUCGUGGUUUCGUCAUAAGGGAAUGCCCAUACAGAAAAAGUCAUAUGUUCAACUAUCCAGAAAAUAUCUACUAUGUUUCAAAAUAAAGAUGUCUAGAUUUUUU